AUGUCUUCCUCCCACGCUUCACUAGAUGCAGCUUCCAACGAUCGCAAAGCCCGCCUGGCUAAGCUCGCUGCGUUGAAGCGCAAACAACCUGAACCCGAGGAACCAUCAAUCGCCGACCUCAACGCUGAAUCGGCAGACCGAGAGCAAGCCGCUUCUGAUGUGACGACCAAGUUUCUUUCAGGUCGUAAUUACGACGCUGAGACGCGCGGGCCAAAACUUGGCUUCGAGCAAGGGCCGCAAGAAGGCAAAGUGACGGUGGAAGCUCAAGCAGCAGAGAUUGCGGAAACUGUGAAGGAUCAAGCGCAGAAGGAUGCGGAAGCCGAUCAACCGAUCGAUCUGUUCAAGCUACAGCCGAAGAAACCGAAUUGGGAUCUCCGACGCGACCUCGACGAAAAACUCAAGAUUCUGAAUGUACGGACGGAGAACGCUAUUGCUCGACUGGUACGAGAACGGAUAGAGAGCGCGCAGCGCGCGGCUAAGGCACGGGGUUCAAAAUCCACUGGCGAAGAGGGUGAAGAGGUGGGCAUCGAGGGAGAUGCUCUAGUUGAGGGCAUUCAUAUGCGGGAGCAGGAAGUCGACAAUGACGAAGAUACGAUUUGA